CUGGCCUCCGUCGAGGCCGUCCGUAUACGGUCCUCUCGAUCAAUGUUAUGGGCUGUUUGCAGAUACCAAUUCCAUGAUGUCUCACGCGCAGAACUGCGACAUUCAAUCCUCGAGUCCGAUCAAUGACAGCACCUUCAACCGGCACUUGACGCUUUGGGUGAUUGCAAUCCUUCGAAGGAUCCGACCCCUCAGGGGGACAGUCCUGAUGUUGACCGAUCGACUUUGCGUCAAGUACGGCGAACACAUCGACCUCACCGAGGCAGCCACCAUGCGUUUCAUCGCACAGAAUACAUCCAUCCCCGUGCCCAAAGUCCAUUGCGCGUUCACCCAUAGAGGCUGUUCGUACAUCGUGAUGGAACGGAUCCAAGGGGACAUGAUUGGCGUCGGCUGGGUCUAUCGCAGCGAAGAAUCUAAGACCAAGCUUCUGACCCAGCUGAAGAAGAUGGUGCAGGAGAUACGGGAACUCCGGCCUCCUGAAGGCGUAGGGGUCUCAUCUGUUAAUGGAGGCUCGCUGUUCGAUUGUCGCCUGCCGCGCGGUUGUCUACGGUUUGGGCCCUUUCUUAGUAUUCAACACUUCCAUCGAUAUUUACGAGAAGACAUGGAGCUCGACCCGGGACUGGACAGCGACCUUCAGAACAUGAUGAAACAACAUGAUCGGAAUUGGCCUAUCGUGUUCACUCAUGGCGACCUCAGCAGCUUGAAUAUCCUCGUCCGCGGGGAGGAUAUUGUUGCCAUCAUUGACUGGGAAACUGCCGGUUGGUACCCUUCAUAUUGGGAAUAUACGACGGCUUGUCAAGUCAAUCCCCAGAAUUCUUUCUGGAUCAACGAAAUUGAUAAAUUUCUCACGCCCAUGCCAGACGAACUAGAGAUGGAACGAACUCGUCAAAAAUAUUUUGGAAUUUUUUAAAAGAACCAACAUAACACUCAUAUUUCAUAUAAUGGUCUCCUUGCGCUCGAUCAAGUCAUAUGUCGGGGCUUUGGCCAUAUCAAAAUUUCCUUGCCCAUCAAAGCGAUGCUGGUCUUUCUUUCUUUGACAGUAAGCCAUCGAUGCAUUGCGGACCGUUUCCCAGUCGAUAACGCUCGUGCCCAAGGCUGUAUUAUCUGCUUUGAGCCUCUCCAAAGCUUCCCGUAUCCAAACAACGCAGUUCCACCCCACUUGGUCUUGCCUGAUGGGGGUUGUGCGCAGGAUUUGCACAAGACGGUUCCCAUCCUCCACCUUCCCUACCAUAACCCGAACAAGCAACAUGCUCGUAGCGGUGAGUUGGCAUUCGAACUCCUCGAAAAGCCAUGUGCUCCCCCCUCCCGCUUUUGGCUUUUCCUUCGCGUGGUACCGAACACCCCUUUUGCCUUCUGUCUCGAUCUUCGGGCCAACAAUAAACGACCAGUGGUACCUAAAU